AUGACCUCCGUCAACGCUCCAAACAAUGUGGCACAGCCCUCUACCGACAUCUUCAGCACGGCACUGCCAGUGACGUUUGCCUCGAGGACAGGCUCCGCCCAGUCUGAAACGUUAAACGGUAGCACGGUUGAGCCCGAAAAGGCAGAGAUCGCUGGUGAGGCGGCCGAGUCUGAAUCUCCCGCGUUCUCCCAGACCACGAAGUGGACUCUUCUGGGAUUAUUCUCUCUUGGAUUAUUCAUCGAUGUCUUUUUCGUCUUGAGAGCUUUGUCGGGUAUCUUUGGCGCCUGCCUGAUCCCUUCUUCCUAUCGACUGAUAGUCUAUGUUUUCGACACCAAGGAGCUGGAACUUGCUUUCACACUAUACGGAGUUUCUGGAGCCAUCGCCAACGUGGCAGGCAUCGUUGUGGCCGGCUUCGUCGCGUACAUCCCUCAAGGUGGCCAAAUGCAGGAUUGGAGAUGGUUUUUUAGGAUCCUCGCCAUCAUCAUUCUCCCGGCGGCGCUCCUCUCCUUCAAGGUUGUACCGCACGUCACCGGCAUGCAGCACGAAUGCCCUGAAGGCGACUCCAAGUUGAAGAGGCUCGACCUAGUCGGCAGUCUCCUCAUGCUCGCUGGCAUCGUCCUGAUCAUCCUCGGCCUUACGCUCGGAGCGUCGUACGGCUGGAAGAAGCCUGGUUUCAUCGUCCCCUUCAUCCUCGGCAUCCUUCUCUUCCCUACAUUCUUCAUCUGGGAAGGGCAAUUACCUGAAUCGGCGGCACUACUCCCCAACUCGACGUGGAGGAUUCCAAACUUCGCAUUGUGGAUCUUGUUCGCCACGCAGAUCUACGCUUGGUGGGGAGUCAACUUCUUGGCGCUCGUCGAGAUCUUCGUCUCCGUGCAUCAAGAGCGUGCGCUCUUAGCAGCUGCGAGGGUGCUUCCGGAAGGGAUUUCCGCCUUUCUGGUGGUGAUGGUGCUCUCUGCCUUUCCGACCUUGGUGUCACGCCCCCGGUGGACUGUCGCUAUCGGUAGCGCACUUGGGACCGUGGCGUACGCUCUCAUGAGCCGACCCCACACGUUCGUUGGCACUGAAUACUGGAGAUGGCUAUUCCCGGCCUUCGUCAUUGGAUCGGGAGGGAACGCGGCAUGCUUUACUGCCGUCAAUGUUAUGAUUAUGGUCUCCGUGCCCCCGGAGAUGAGUGCAGUGGCCGGGGCAACUCUCCAGGUUGCUUUCCAGAUGGGGGCCGCCAUUGGCUUUGCGGUCCAGGCGGGCCUUCUGAGCGUAAACCCCGGCGGUCUAGCAAACAGAGACAAUGUUCAAGCAUCGUUUUACUUCCAAAUGGGUUGGAACGCCCUUUGGCUUGUGGUCUUCCUUAUCUUCUACCGCGACCCCAAACCUUCGGAUCGACCUGACAUCGAACAACCACAGGCCGGCAACACAGAUGGAGCCACGAACAAUCGCGCCCGAUAA